AUGUGGCGUUUACGGCCGGGAGUUGCCGUCAUCGCCGCCGUCUCGGUACUCCUGCUCUGGUGGCACCUUCCUCGAUAUCAGUUCCAGGACGUCGAUGUUCAGAGGCUACCCGUCAUCACGACGCAGAUCACCCCAGAGGGUGCCACUAUCGAGUACCUACCCGGGACGCCCAAGGGGGAUGGCCAAACCUACACGAGGACAGUCGUGGUUGCUCGACAAGAAUCCGAAGACGUGUCCUGGCUGGAGAGCUCGGCCUUGAAUGUAACAAAGGCCGUCUACGUGGUGGACAAGCCAUCUCUCUCCCCGGGCUACGAGAUCCCGCGGAACAAAGGUCACGAAGCAAUGGUGUACUUGUCCUACAUUAUCGACCACUACGACACCCUCUCCGACGUGUCCAUCUUUGUCCACGCCCACCAGACGGCAUGGCACAACAACGACCUCCUCGACUCGGACAUGAUCACGACGAUCGAACAUCUCAGUGACGCCCACGUCACGCGCGCAGGAUACUUCAACCUCCGAUGUCAUCACGAACCAGGCUGUCCCGACUGGUUACACCUCGACCGGCCGGACGAGGAACUCGACACGCACCGGAAAAUGGAGGAGCGGGCGUUCUCCCUCGCGGUGUGGCAUGAGUUGCACCCGAACGUGCCCCCUCCACGGGCCAUCUCGCAGCCUUGCUGUGCGCAGUUUGCCGUCUCGCGGGACCGCAUCCGCGCCAUUCCGAGGGACGAGUAUGUUCGGUACAGGGAUUGGAUCCUCAACACGGAGCUCGGUGAUGUCUUCUCCGGUCGCGUGAUGGAGUACACGUGGCAGUUCCUCUUUGCUGGGGUGGCUGAGCUGUGUCCGGCCAUGCACGUCUGCUACUGCGACGGCUACGGGGUCUGCUUUGGUGGUGCUGAGCAGUUCGACCAGUGGUUUGACUUGCGUACAGAGAUGCGGAGGGUCCAGGCCGAGGAGGUCCCGGAAAAGGCGGGAGUGUCGCUUGAAGCUGAAGAGGCCAGGGCUAGCGCUCAGGACAUGGAGGCGCGGCUGGAGCAGUUGAAGCAGGACGCGUUCGAUCGGGGUAGAGAUCCGCGGUUGAGAGCUCUGGAAGUUGGACGGCCAUGGCGGGAAGGGGAUGGAUUCUGA